AGUUUUAAGUGCCCAGUGAAAACAAUAUUUGAGAUUAUUUUAAUAAACAUAACCUAUAUUUCAAAACAAACAAUACCGAAAUGGCUACAAAGUUCAAUCCAGCCUCAUACAAUUUCCGCAAAAAAUGCCCAUUUGUCACAAAGGAUCUGCUGCGAUGGUUCCCGGGGCACAUGAACAAAGGCAUAAAGCAAAUGCAACGCAAAUUAAAAAGUGUUGAUUGUGUCAUAGAAGUUCACGACGCACGCAUACCGUUCACAGGACGUAACCCGAUAUUUGCCAACACUCUGAUAGGCAACAAGCCUCACAUAUUAGUUCUAAAUAAGAAGGACUUGACGAUACCAUCGCUAAUACCUCGAAUCCGGGACCAGUUGAAGGCAGAGCAGAACAUUCAGAACUUGGUGUUUACUAAUAGUAAGGACCAGCACUGCCGCGGUCUGAAGACGCUCAAGCCUCUCAUGGUGGACCUGAUCAAGGCUUCUAACAGGUACAAUAGGAGUGAGGAGUUGGAUUACAAUGUGAUGAUCAUGGGUGUUCCAAAUGUGGGCAAGUCGUCAAUGAUAAAUAUGCUGCGCUCGAAGAACAUGAGUAUCCGGCACGCGCUGCCGGUGGGCGCAGUGGCCGGCGUCACCCGGAGCGUCAUGAUGAAGAUCAGGAUCAAUAAUGAUCCCCUUAUAUUCAUGCUGGAUACACCAGGUAUAUUAGAGCCAUCUGUAACAGACGUUGAGAUGGGUCUGAAGCUGGCUCUCUGUGCUUCCUUACAAGAUCACCUGGUGGGCGAGGAGAUCAUCGCUGACUACCUGCUGUACUGGCUGAACAAGCAUGCCAUGUUUAAAUAUGUGGACUAUAUGGGUUUGCCUGAACCCUGUGAUGAUAUCAAUAAGGUACUCAUCUCUGGCGCGAUAAAAUACAACCGCGUGCGGCGAACCCGCGACUUCGACGGCCGCAUGCGGGAUGUGCCCGAUCUGGUCGAGAUCGCCCGGACCAUGAUCAAAGCGUUCCGAACCGGCGAGCUGGGGAAAAUACUCCUAGACAUAGAACUGCUAGAUGACAAAUAUAUGAAGGAGAAGGAAAGGUCGUUGGCGUAACGGUAGUCUAACUAAGACAGAUACUAUACAUCAACCAGUUACCUUACGCCAAGCUCCAACGCUGAAAUAUCUCAAAUAUCUCAUCAUCAUCAUCAUCAUCAUCUCAGCCUAUUGCCGUCCACUGCUGAACGUAGGCCUCCCCCAAAGAGCGCCAGCCAUCCCGGUCCUGGACAGCCCGCAUCCAUCUGCUGCCAGCCACCUUCUUCAAAUCAUCGGUCCACCGUGCCGCAAAUAUAUUGGAGUCGAAAUCACAACAUAAUAUAUUAUGUCGAAAACAAAAGUUAGUUUUGUUUUUUUUUAAUGCGAUGUAACAGUAUCUUGGUAGUCUGAUCUGUCUAGUUAUAAAUUCGUCUUGUUUCGAUGUUCCACGACUAGAGAAUAGCUGUAGAUAUUGUGGAGUCUAUCAUAAAUCCGACUAUAGAACAGGCCCGCAAAAUCAAAGGGAGGUGGGAUUUUAUUUGAAUCGUGUACAGAUUGUAGUAGAACCAAAUAAAAAGCCUGUUGCUAAGUCAUUUUAGGUUAAUUCUGUGAGCCACAGGUUAAAAACGUAUUUUCUGCCUAUUUAAACUUUAAAAACACAAUAACUGCUGAAAAAAAAAAUCGAUUGUCAAAUUAAGAUCAUCAUACUGAAAAUUAGAAACGACUGUUCUAUUUGUCCCUUUGACCUGAGGUAGUUACAAAUCAACAGUAUGACUAAUUGUCAACACUUUAUAAAGUCAAUGUAACUAGUGUUCUUACCUGUAGAAACAAAUGUAUGUAAAUAUGUAAAUAAAUGUAAAUCUAACUAGUUUUGAAUGACGGUGUACAUUAAUAUUACAAAGUUGUUACAUGAG